AUGGCCUCGCAACAGCAAGAUGACCGUAUGCGGUCCGAGGCGGAUGCUGCGCUGCGUGAACACAGUCACCUCAACUGCGACGGUUUCGAGAGCAGCAAGGUGAGCUCUAUGCUUAGCGCAGCCAGCGAUGUUGAGUCCAUGACUGAGCUUUAGCCCACCUUGCCUUCUUCCUCCCCCCUCUCUCCGCUCGAAAGGUGUUUGCCCUAACAUCGGCCAUUCUAGCAUCACCAAAGCCGGGAGGCAUGACUCGAUCGCGGCUGAUCAGAAAUAUCAACGCGAUCUUCCUGUUCAUUGUGCACCCGACAACACCCCUGGACGCUAGUAACCCUCGAACGAAGCCCACAAAGUCGUCGAGCGGGGGCGCUCUGCGGCCUGCACUCUGGCACGUCGACAUGAGGCGCUCUGGGCAGAUUGGAAAGGGACAACCACCUACUACUCUGUUGGGUCGAAAGCGAAGGGCAGACAUUGUGGUGGAAUGCCGUGAGUAGCUUUGGCGCUCCUCUACAGCCACAGGGGCGAUUUAUGUGAUGCUCUGCGGGGCUCAGACUGAUCAGUCUUGCUCGUGCAUCAACCAUUCAGGCGAUCGCGACCUGGUGGACCUCGCUACUGGCAAGCUCCAUCCCGCGAAGCUUUACAACGGCGGUAGGGUGAGUAGCAUUUGA